AUGCGCAAACCGCGAUGCGGUUUAGUGGACAUUCUCGAUCGCGCAUACAGUCCGAUCACGAAAAAAUGGCCGAAAACGCGCCUCACGUGGAAUUUUCAAGUGACGAGCGAAGGACUCUUACGGACGACCGAAGCGGCGUUCGCACUAUCGGCGGCGAAUUUACCGUUAAAUUUCAGUCGCGAUUCGUUACAUCCCGAUAUAUUAAUAUCGUAUCGUACGGGCGCUCACACCUACGCGAAUCACGACAUCUGUCCGGCGGUGUUCGAAGAUCCGGGAGAAGGCCUCGUUCACACGUUCUUUCCCAGCGGAGCGAGAGACUUCACCUAG